GUCCAUCCAGCUGCAGCUGAACAUUGGUGUGGAGCAGAUCAGGGUGGUGCACAGAGAUGGACGGGUGGUCACUCUGUCGCACCAGGAGCAGGAGCUGCAAGACUUCCUGCUCUCACAGAUGUCUCAGCAUCAGGUGCAUGCAGUGCAGCAGCUGGCCAAAGUGAUGGGCUGGCAGGUCCUCAGCUUCAGUAACCACGUGGGCCUGGGCCCGGUGGAGAGCAUCGGGAACGCCUCGGCUGUCACCGUCGCCUCUCCCAACGGAGAGUACGCCAUCUCAGUGCGUAACGGCCCAGAGAGCGGGUGCAAAGUUUUGGUCCAGUUCCCCCGCAGCCAGACUAAAGAGCUGCCCAAGAGCGACGUCAUCCAGGACCCCAAGUGGAGCCACCUCCGAGGGCCCAGCAAGGAGGUCCACUGGAGCAAGAUGGAGGGCCGCAACUUUGUGUACAAGAUGGAGCUCCUCAUGGCGGCACUGACCCCCUGCCCCUAGAUACUGUCACACUCUUCAUAGACUUGUACACUCCCUUACACUUUUUUUUUACCCAAUCCUUGGACUUUCAAUACUGCCAUUGUUUCCUUUUCACCUAGUUUCUGCUGCCCUCUCGGUUUCAGUUAACGUGAGGUGUGCGUCACACUAUUUCAUACAAAAUAAAAGGUUAAGUCUG